ACUCUCAGUGUUUACCAGAAUCCGGAGGGUUUGCAAACCCACAUGUCAGACUUCCUGUCCUGGAGAUUCUCAACUCGCUCAUCCCAACUCUUUCCUGGCUUUCCCCAGAAAGAAGAGAGCGGCGCUGAAAGCGGGAGGAGCCCCAGAACGCGCACACCCGCAGCCUCUCCCCUCCUCUCUCCCCACCCCCAAGGCAGGAAUUUCUGGGACGGGCAGAUGGGCCACCCCCUCUUCUCUUUCCCCAAGCCCGAGUAGAGAGGGCGGAGAAAAGCUCCCUGCUCGGCCUUCGCCAGCCCCGUGCACAGCCUGGAGCAGCUGCACACUGUGGAUUGGGGCGCAGCGGGGGCGAGGUCCGGGACCGGUGCCGCGCGGAGGAGGCUGCGACCCCGCGGGCACGAGAAGGGGCGCGCGGGCAAGCUCAGUGGUUAGCGAUGCUGCUGUCCCUGCUGCUGCUGCUGCUGCUGGGAGCGCCGCGGCGCUGCACCGAAGGCGCGGCGGCAGCGCUCUCUCCCGAGCGGGUCCUCAAGUGGCAGGAGAAAGGGAUAUUCAUCAUCCAGAGUGAGAGCCUUAAGUCAUGCAUCCAAGCAGGCAAAUCUGUCCUGACCCUGGAGAGCUGCAAGCAACCAAACAAGAACAUGCUGUGGAAAUGGGUUUCAAACCAGCACCUCUUCAACAUCGGAGGCAGCGGUUGCCUGGGCCUGAAUUUAUCCAAUCCAGAGCAGCCCUUAGGCCUGUAUGAAUGUGACUCCACCCACGUUUCCUUGAGGUGGCGCUGUAACAGAAAGAUGAUCACAGGUCCCCUGCAGCACACGGUCCAGGUGAAGCAGGACAACAUCAUCGUGGCCUCGGGGAAGCGUCUUCAUAAGUGGAUAUCCUAUAUGUCAGAUAGUGGAGACAUUUGCCAGCAUGUGCACAAAGAUCUGUAUACACGCAAAGGGAAUGCCCAUGGGACGCCGUGUAUGUUUCCCUUCCAGUACAACCAUCAGUGGCAUCACGAAUGUACCCGGGAAGGCCGGCAGGAUGACUCACUGUGGUGCGCCACGACCAGCCGAUAUGAGAGAGAUGAGAAGUGGGGAUUCUGCCCAGAUCCCACCUCUGCAGAGGUAGGUUGUGAUGCUGUCUGGGAGAAGGACCUCAACUCACACAUUUGCUACCAAUUCAACCUGCUUUCCUCUCUCUCCUGGAGUGAGGCGCAUUCUUCAUGCCAGAUGCACGGAGGUGCUUUACUAAGUAUUGUGGAUGAAGCUGAAGAAAAUUUCAUACGGAAGCAGGUAAGCGGAGAAGCAGUGGAGGUGUGGACAGGUCUGAAUCAGCUGGAUGUGAAUGCUGGCUGGCAGUGGUCUGAUGGGACACCACUCAGCUAUCUGAACUGGAGCCCAGAGAUAAGUUUUGAACCGUUUGUUGAAUAUCAUUGUGGAACCUUCAAUUCAUUUAUGCCAAGGGCCUGGAGGAGUAGAAAUUGUGAGUCCACCUUGCCUUAUAUUUGUAAAAAAUACCUAAACCACGUCGAUGAUGAAAUAGUUGAAAAAGAUGCUUGGAAAUACUACGCCACUGACUGUGAGCCUGGCUGGGCUCCCUACCAUCGUAACUGCUACAAACUUCAGAAAGAAGAAAAGACCUGGAACGAGGCUUUGCAUUCCUGCCUAUCCAGUAACAGCACAUUAAUAGACAUAGGCUCAUUAGCAGAGGUGGAGUUUCUUGUCACUCUCCUUGGAAAUGAGAAUGCAUCAGAAACAUGGAUUGGUUUGAGCAGCAACACAUUUCCAGUCUCCUUUGAAUGGUCUAAUGGCUCCUCAGUCAUCUUUACUAACUGGCACACACUUGAGCCCCAGAUUUUUCCAAACAGAAGCCAGCUGUGUGUCUCUGCUGAGCAAUCCGAGGGACACUGGAAAGUUACAGAUUGUGAAGAAACUCAUUUUUACGUUUGUAAAAAGCCAGGCCAUGUCCUUUCUGAUGCUGAAUCGGGAUGUCAAGAGGGGUGGGAGAGACAUGGUGGAUUCUGUUACAAAAUUGACACGGUCCUUCGAAGCUUUGACCACGCUUCCAGUGGCUACUACUGUCCUCCCGCACUCGUGACCAUUGCAGACAGGUUUGAACAGGCUUUUAUUACCAGUUUGAUCAGCAGUGUGGUGAACAUGAAAGACAGUUAUUUUUGGAUAGCCCUUCAGGAUCAAAAUGACACAGGAGAAUACACGUGGAAGACAGCGGGGCAGAAGUCUGAGCCGGUGCAGUACACACACUGGAAUGCACAUCAACCCCGCUCUAGUGGCGGCUGUGUGGCCAUUCGAGGAAGGAAUCCAAUUGGACGCUGGGAAGUGAAAGACUGUGUACACUUUAAGGCCAUGUCCUUGUGCAAGCAGCCAGUGGAAACUCGGGAGAAGAUGGAACAUGAAGAGAGAUGGCCCUUUCACCCCUGCUAUUUGGACUGGGAGUCGCAGCCUGGUCUGGCCAGUUGUUUCAAGGUAUUUCAUAGUGAAAAAGUCUUGAUGAAAAGAACAUGGAGAGAAGCUGAAGCGUUUUGUGAAGAAUUUGGAGCUCAUCUUGCAAGCUUUGCCCAUAUUGAGGAAGAGAAUUUUGUGAAUGAGCUUUUACAUUCAAAAUUUAAUCGGUCAGAAGAAAGGCAGUUUUGGAUUGGAUUUAAUAAAAGAAACCCACUGAAUGCUGGCUCUUGGGAAUGGUCUGAUGGAACUCCUGUUAUCUCUUCAUUUUUAGACAAUAAUUAUUUUGGAGAAGAUACAAGAAAUUGUGCUGUGUAUAAGGCAAACAAAACACUGCUGCCCUUGCACUGUGGUUCCAAACGUGAAUGGAUAUGCAAAAUUCCAAGAGAUGUGAGACCCAAGAUUCCAUCCUGGUACCAAUAUGAUGCACCCUGGCUCUUUCAUCAGGAUGCAGAGUACCUUUUUUAUCCACAUUCCUCGGAGUGGUCCUCCUUUGAGUUUGUCUGUGGCUGGCUGCGCAGUGAUAUUCUCACCAUUCAUUCUGCACAUGAGCAAGAAUUCAUCCUCAGCAAAAUAAAAGCGCUCUCUAAGUAUGGUGCAAAUUGGUGGAUUGGACUUCAGGAAGAAACAGCCAAUGAUGAACUGCGCUGGAGAGAUGGAACACCAGUCAUUUACCAGAACUGGGACAAAGAAAGAGAUAGAUCCAUGAAUAAUCAGAGCCAGAGAUGCGCCUUCAUUUCUUCCAUAACAGGACUCUGGGACAGAGAAGAGUGUUCAGUUUCUAUGCCCAGUAUUUGUAAGAGAAAAACAUUUUGGGUCAUAGAGAAAGAGAAAGAUACUCCAAAGCAACACGGAACAUGCCCUAAAGGAUGGCUAUAUUUUGACUAUAAGUGCCUUUUGGUGAAUGUCCCCAAAGACCCAAGCAACUGGAAGAACUGGACACAGGCUCGAGAUUUCUGUUUUGAUGAAGGAGGGACACUGGUCGCCAUUGAAAGUGAAGUGGAGCAAGCUUUCAUUACCAUGAAUCUUUUUGGCCAGACUACUAAUGUGUGGAUAGGGUUACAAAAUGAUGAUUAUGAAAAAUGGCUAAAUGGAAAUCCUGUGGCAUAUUCUAACUGGUCUCCGUCUGAUAUAAUAAAUAUUCCAAGUUACAACACCACUGCAGAUCAAAAACCCAUCCCUCUUUGUGCCUUGCUGUCAAGUAAUCCUAACUUUCAUUUCACUGGAAAAUGGUAUUUUGAAGACUGUGGGAAAGAAGGCUAUGGGUUUGUUUGUGAAAAAAUACAGGAUUCUGCUGGACAUGAAGUAAACACAUCUAUCAUGGAUCCGAUCCCCAAUACCUUAGAAUAUGGAAACAGAACUUACAAAAUAAUCAAUGCAAAUAUGACUUGGUAUGCAGCAAUAAAAUCCUGCCAAUUGCACGGAGCAGAACUGGUCAGCAUUACAGACCAGUAUCACCAGUCCUUCCUCACUGUUAUCCUCAGCCGGCUAGGACACGCCCACUGGAUUGGAUUGUUCACUGCAGAUAAUGGUCUUCAUUUUGACUGGUCAGAUGGCACCAAAUCCUCUUUUACCUUUUGGAAAGAUGAGGACUCUUCCUUCCUUGGUGACUGUGUUUUUGCUGACACCAGUGGACGCUGGCAUAGUACAGCCUGCGAGUCAUUUCUGCAAGGUGCCAUUUGUCAUGUGCCCACUGAAACAAGACCAUUUGAACACCCAGAGCUGUGUUCAGAAACAUCUAUUCCCUGGAUAAAAUUUAAAAGUAAUUGCUACAGUUUUUCUACAGUCCUGCACAGUGCGAGUUUUGAGGCUGCUCAUGAAUUUUGCAAAAAGGAAGGAUCAAAUCUUUUAACAAUCAAGGAUGAAGCUGAAAAUUCAUUUCUCCUAGAAGAGCUUUUUGCUUUUGGUGCUUCUGUCCAGAUGGUCUGGUUGAAUGCUCAGUUCGAUAAUGAAACAGUCAAGUGGCUUGAUGGGACUCCAGCAGACCAGUCAAACUGGGGCAUUCGGAAACCAGACAUGGCGCACUUCGAGCCCCAUCAGUGCCUUGCCCUGAGGAUCCCGGAAGGAGUGUGGCAGUUAUCCCCAUGUCAAAAAAACAUGGGCUUUAUUUGCAAAAUGAAGGCAGGACCAAGUCACAGUAUUGUGCCCCUUGCCGUAGCACUGACACUGGUAGUGAUUCUGGCCAUCAUCACACUGUCCUUCUACAUAUACAAGCAGAACAAGGGAUUCUUCAGGAGACUUGCAGGGGUUGGGAACUCUUACUAUCCUACAACCAACUUCAGUACCAUACAUUUGGAAGAAAAUAUUCUCAUUUCUGAUCUUGAGAAGAAUGACUAAUAAAUAAUGAAGCCAAAGAAGGCCACAGCCAUGAGGAUGAGUGGAGAAGACCCCAGGGAGUCUCCUCUGUGUUUGCACUUAUACACCAGAGCAUCUAAAGUGACCUGGUCACUAUUUCACUAUUUUAAUUAUUCUUACAGCGAUCAUUGGCUUUGAAUUGUAACCAAAUCAGACUGGUUUUGAUUUAUUCAUUUCCCUAAACUGCAAUGUAUCCUUUAAAAAGAAACUAUGUAAUGGUUAUUAUUCAGAAGGAUAAGAAGUAUUAAAAGAAACUCUCUAUGGAAAAUUCUCACAGCAAUGUAAAUAAUAAUUUUUGCAUUAAUAUUUUUCUACUAAAAUUUCUUGGGAGUUACCUCUUCAGACAUUUACUCAUACUUAUUCCAUUAAGAGAGAAAGACAGGAUAAGAAAAAAUUUAAUCAUGUUUAUUAGAGGAAAAAGAAAAGCUUCUGAGAGGUUUUGUUCGAUUUUAGUUAAAUCAUUGUUAAUAGCAAGGUUUGGAAAAAACUAACAUCUAAGCUUAAAGGUCACAGGUUCUGGACUCUAACAAAUAUUUAAGGUGAUAUUUGUCUUGUUAGUUCUGAAAAAAAUAUUUUUGUUUAAAUAGUAAAGGUUUAGGUUAGCAGAAGACUUUCAAAAGCAACCACCUCAUUAAAACGUGGCCUGAAAUUUCCUAUAACUAAAUCAUGACCAAGUUGAGAUUUUAAAAUAUAGAUGAGCUUACAGGAAUAUAUUGAGAUUUUAGUACUAUUAAAACACAGGGUAUGCCGGCGCCGCGGCUCACUAGGCUAAUCCUCCGCCUUGCGGCGCCGGCACACCAGGUUCUAGUCCCAGUUGGGGCACUGGAUUCUUUCCCGGGUGCCCCUCUUCCAGGCCAGCUCUCUGCUGUGGCCAGGGAGUGCAGUGGAGGAUGGCCCAAGUGCUUGGGCCCUGCACCCCAUGGGAGACCAGGAUAAGUACCUGGCUCCUGCCAUCAGAUCAGCACAGUGCACUGGCUGCAGUGCGCCGGCCGCGGCAGCCAUUGGAGGGUGAACCAACAGCAAAAGGAAGACCUUUCUCUCUGUCUCUCUCUCUCACUGUCCACUCUGCCUGUCAAAAAAAAAAAAAAAAACACCAGGUAUAUUAAAAACUAAAGAUACGCAAUAAUAUAUAAUUCUAUUAACAAGAAGUUAUAAAUAUAUAACUUGAAUUCAGAGGGAAAAAUUGAAGAUCUGAAUUAUUAUCUCAUUAGAACUAGAGGACAUAUUGAGAAUAAAUUAUCUUCCAGUAGUAAUCUAAGUGCCUUUAUCGUAUUAGUAAGUUGAUUUUAGGUGUUUUAUUUAAUAAACUAUGAUUUCUGGGAACCAUAUCCUCUCAUACUGUACUAGUUAGUGCAGUUGGUAAACAACCAUUAAAAGUAUGAUACUGGGGCUGGCACUGUGGCAUAUAGGCUAAGCCUCUGCCUGCGGUGCUGGCAUCCCAUAUGGGGGCCGGUACAUGUUCCAUGUUCCAGCUGUUCCUCUUCCAAUCUAGCUCUUUGCUAAUGGCCUGGGAAAGCAGUGAAAAGUGGCCCAAGUACCUGGGCCCUUGCUCCCACGUGGGAUACCCAGAAGAAGCUCCUGGCUCUGUGCUUCAGGUGGGCUAAGCUCCAGCCAUUGAAGCCAUCUGGGAAAUGAGCCAGAGGAUGGAGGACCUUUCUGUCUCUCCCUCUCUCUGUCUGUAACUUACCACUCUUAUAAAUAAAUAUUUUUUAAAAAAAAGUAUGAUAUUUCCUGUAAAUAAGAAAUCUCAGAUUUGCUCUUCCUUCAUGAAUAUCCUGUAAAGGAAAAUGGCUCCAUAAUCAAUAUUCAGAACUUUACUCAUCACAGAAAUGUUUAUUGAGUUCAAACUAUGUACAAGUUUAUGAACUUGGGGUAUUAGCGUGCCAGUGAGGUUUCUGUUCUCAUUGUACUUAUUUUCUGAUGAGGGAAACUGACAGUGACCCAGUACAGAAAUGCGUAGUCAAAAAUAGCAGGUGGUUAUGAAAAUCAAGUAAAGUCUCACCGCAGAGAAACAGGAGGAGCCUCAGGGCCUCCCUGAGAGUAUGUUAAUUACAGCCUCAGCCUCCACACUGGUGGCCACUAGUCACAAGAGGGAGCUCCGGGAGAAAGUAUGAAUGAGCAUGUAGGUGGCAAACCAUCACUAACAGAAAUACAGUUUUAAGAAAACACCCUAAGAAUAGAGUCUUUGAGAUGAAAAAAGUCCCUACAGCACCCAGAAGCAGGUCUUUACUACUGCUCUGUGGUUUAUACACUGGGAGAAUCUAUUGCCAUUUUUUAAAAAAAUCUUAGAAUUUCAUUUUUUAAAAGGAUACUAUAUUAUGUGGCAAUUAAAUCAUUAUGACUCAAAAGAAGAACUGACUUGAACUAACCAGACAUAGAAAAGCCCAAUUUAGCAAUCUGUUGGGUGAAAUUAAAGUUCUGCUCUUUUCAGUGGACUUGGUAAAAUCUGGUAACCAAUUAGCCUUCUAGUCAAAGCACAAAGCCACACCUCACAGUUUAGCAAAGUGUAUCAUUAGGAAAGUGAUUUUGCAGAAAGAAACUCUAUUGCUUGUCAAUGCUCUAUACUUUGAUAGUUAAUACUGAACUGUAUCUCCAGACAAUCUCUCCUCAUGAACAAAUCUUGCACUUCUUCCAUUACUGAAAUUUCAGAAAUAAAAGGUACAGACAUACUUUGCUUUA